UUCCACCCUUUCUUUCUCUUCUUUCUCUCUCUUGGCUUUUUUCAUUUUUUCCCCCAAUGGAGGCCCCACCCCCACCCUCCGUUGCUCCGCCCAUCCCAGCCACCACCACCCCCACGGCGGCGCACCUCCCGGAAUCCAUCGACUCCUCCCCCCGCUCCCGCCACACCGACUCCUGGGACGCCGACCCUCCGCCGAACCAACUCUCACAGAAACUCCGACUCAUGUGCAGCUACGGCGGACACAUAGUCCCCCGCCCCCACGAUAAGAAUCUCUGCUACAUCGGCGGAGACACCCGAAUCAUCGUUAUCGACCGCCAUACCUCCCUCUCCGACCUCCACCACCGCCUCUCCAAAACCCUCCUCCACAACCAAUCCUUUUCCCUCAAGUACCAAAUCCCCAACGAGGACCUCGAUUCUUUAAUCUCCGUCACCACCGAUGAAGAUCUCGAGAAUAUGGUGGAUGAAUACGACCGCCUCUGUAAUAAUUCCUCCGUCGGCGGGGCGGCGAAGCCCGGCCGCCUCCGCCUCUUCCUUUUCCCCAAAACUUCAUCCAACAUCGAGCAGAUUCUCGUCGAGACCGCGUCGACUAAAUCGGACGACUGGUUCUUCAACGCCCUCAAUUGCAAGGCGAGUCCUCUAUCCGCGGGCGCUAGUGAUCGUGGGUUUUCGGAAUCCUCUUCGGUCAAUUGUCUCCUCGGAUUGGACGACGAUUCAGUGGGGAAGGCGACGGCGGCGGCGGCCGGUGGGAGAGAUGCUGAUGCCCAAUUGGAUGGAUCCAAAAUCGGCGGAAACGGGAGUGGGAAUAAUAACGCAGUGAAUCACGAUAUCCACUCGCUCCCCGAUUCUCCUAUGCUGGAUACGACGUCGUCUUUUGGUUCAACUUCCAGUUCUCCUUCCGUGGCGAAUUUGCCGCCGAUUAGGGUUCAUGUGGAUGAAACCCCCAAGGCAGCGGUGGUGCUGGUGUCCGGAAUUGAGGACCAGUUUCAGCAGAUGAGUGUGAUGGGGGUUGCCGGAAAUGUUAAUUUGGUUCAGAUGCAGAAGCAGGAGGAGAUUGGGGGUUCCGUGGCGGCCGGGGCUGUGGUCUCCGGUGUUCCGGUGGUGGUCAGCGGCGAUUACUCCAAUCGGGUGUUUUCCGACGACGAAAGAUCAGAUCAUAGCGGUGGGUACAGGAAGGUACAACAAAUUCAGCCACAGGUACAACAAGUUCAGCUUCAACCACAGCAGAUCCCUCAGUUUCUUCACCAGAGACAACAAACUGUUGCCUUCGAUUUAGCUUCUCCAGAUUCAGUUUCAAGUGAAGGGAGUGUAACAAAUCCACUGUCUAGGCAGAGACAACCCAUAUACCAAGAUUCAAUAAUGCAAGUACAACCUCCAAACACUACUAGGGUUGCUAUUGCUUCUAAUCAGAUCGAUCCCAAAACCGGCGAUCAAAACAAUUCCAAGAUACAAAUGCAGCAGCAGCCGCAAGCGCAAGAAUCCGGCUACGUAUUAUCGACACAAUUCGAUCAAAACCACCCUCAAUUUCAACAACACCCACAACAGUACAUCCACGCCGGAAAUCAGUAUAUUCCCGCCGGAGCAAUCCCGAUGACGUCAUAUUACCCAAUGUACCCCUCGCAACAGCAACACCACCCACACCAGCCGAUUCUUGAUCCGCAGUAUCCCUUCUACUUCCUUCCGUCUCGCCCAAACCAAGCUUACACCAUGCCACCUAUGCAGCAGCAGCAGCAGCAAACCAGUUACAACGAUUAUUCACCGACCAACCGCCCCCAAACCCCACCUCCAACUGCCAUGGCCGCCCCCCCUCAAACGGUAUACAACCAGGCAGUAAACCCCCCUUCUUCAAAACCCGAAAUGGCGGCUGCCGCCACCGCCGCCGGGGUAGGAUUGUACAGAACAGCCGCCGGGGCGACACCACCGCAGUUAGUCCAGCACCACCACCAACAACAACAACCGCAAUACGUCGGUUUCCCCCACAUUCAUCAUCCCUCUCAAUCGGUUGCUCCUUCUUCAGCGGCGGCUAAUUCAAAUUACACUUACGAAUACGCCGAUCCCAAUAUGCAUGCUCAGAUGUAUUACAAUCAGGGUUUGACGCCUCAGAUGGUAGCUCAAUACCAGACGAUGACAUCAGCAGCAGCAUCAUCCCCUACGGUGGUUUUACCCGAUGCUUCGGCUCAGCUUCCUACGGAGAAUUUAAAGCAGCAAGUGAGGACUGUGCAGCCGUGA